AGCAUAAUAGUGUAUCACAUUGUUGUCAGCCCGUGUUGACUGCUGAAGUAGCAGACAAAAAUAAUUAACAUCGCAUAGCUUGUUUUGCUUAAAAUCCUCAGUUUUUUUGUACUACCCAUUUUUAAUCUCCGAAUUGAGAGAGAGAGAGAGAGAGAGAGAGAGAUGAAGGGGGUGGUUAUGUUGGUGAUGGUAGUAGUAGCUAUGCUUUUGGGUGUCUCUGUUUCAUCUCCUGCGUCAACAUCAACAUCAGGAUCAGGUUAUGAAAAUCAGCAACAAUCGCAGAAGUCGUGGUGGAAAUCAAUGUUUUCUUCGUCGGUCGUCAACCCAGUUGGGUCCUCUGUUGUUCUCCCAAUCUAUGGCAAUGUUUAUCCCCAAGGAUUUUAUCAUGUUCAGCUCAACAUAGGGCAGCCAUCAAAGCCCUACUUUCUCGAUCCCGACACUGGCAGUGACCUCACUUGGCUUCAAUGUGAUGCGCCUUGCGUUCACUGCACUAAGGGGCCUCACCCGCUUUACCGACCAAGCAACGACCUGGUGGCUUGUAGGGAUCCCCUUUGUGCCUCCUUACAGCCUUCUGAUGACUACAAGUGCGAAAACCCAGAGCAAUGCGAUUAUAUAGUUGAGUAUGCGGAUGGGGGUUCGUCCGCUGGUGUGCUCGUGAAGGACAAUCUUGCCCUUAAUUUCACAAAUGGGAUACGUGUCAGUCCUCGUCUGGCUAUUGGAUGCGGCUAUGAUCAGAGGCCGCCACCAGGGACAUCCAACUAUCAUCCCUUAGAUGGGGUACUAGGCCUCGGCAAGGGAAAAUCCAGCAUUGUCUCACAGCUACAUAGUCAGGGCCUGGUUCGGAACGUGGUCGGCCAUUGCUUAAGUAGUAAAGGAGGAGGAUAUAUUUUCUUUGGGGACGACGUUUAUGAUUCUUCGCGUGUGGUUUGGGCACCAAUGUCACGUGAUAACCCCCAUCACUAUUCACUUGGGUCCGCGGAGCUCAUUCACGGUGGAAAACCGAUAGGUUCUAAGAAUCUUCUUGUAGUUUUUGACUCCGGGAGUUCUUACACCUACCUCAAUGGUCAGACCUACCAAAGUUUCAUUUCUUUGUUGAGGAAAGAACUGAAUGGAAAGCCCUUAAGCGAAACACAGGAUGACCGGACGCUCUCGGUGUGUUGGAAAGGCAAGAAACCCUUCAAAAAUUUACGCGAUGUUAAGAAAUACUUCAAGCCGCUGGCACUGAGCUUUUCGAGUGGUUGGAGAACUAAAACGCAGUUUGAAAUCCCCCCUGAAGCUUAUCUGAUCAUCUCGUCUAAGGGAAAUGUUUGCUUGGGAAUUCUAAAUGGUGCUGAAGUGGGACUUCAAGAUUACAACGUUAUUGGAGAUAUAUCGAUGCAAGAUAAAAUGUUGAUUUAUGACAACGAGAAGCAGGUGAUAGGAUGGGUCUCGGCAAGCUGUGAUCAGCUUCCAACUUCGAAUACCGCCUUUGUGUAAUUAUGACAAAAGGAUUUUCUCAAACUCUGACACAGACUCGACUUAUGUUGCAAUUUGCAAAUAUAUAGGUUUUUAUUUGUUAUUUUUUAUUUUUAGGAUUCAACAAUUCAUUUGCACAUGAUGGGUUAUGUAAAGGGGGAUACCCUGCAUCACAGUCCAAAGAAUAUAUUACACCAAUUCAUUUCAUGUUUGUUAGCUUGCUCUGAAAAAUACAAAAAUAAGAAUGAAAUUGUAUGGAAGAACUUGGCAUUGCUUACUA